UGGCGCACGAGGCGGUUCUGUCUCCGUCGCCGCUGCUCGUCCGGCCGCCAUGGGUUAUGGAAAGGGCGCCCGGCCUAUGGGCUACCGCGCCCACACGCGCGACCUCUUCUCAAAGAAGCCCAAGGACAAGGGCGGCAACCCGCCGCUCACCACCUUCUUGCGGCAGUACAAGAUUGGCGACACCGUCGAUGUUGUGUGCAACUCUGGCCAGCAGAAGGGCAUGCCGCACAAGUUCUACCACGGCCGCACCGGCACUGUGUGGAACGUGACGCGCCGCGCCAUCGGCGUCGAGGUGAACAAGGUGCACCGGCAAAAACAGCUCGUCAAGCGCAUCCACGUGCGCGUCGAGCACCUGCGGCCCUCCAAGUCGCGGCUCGGCCACCUGGACCGGGUCAAGCUGAACGAGGAGAAGAAGCGCGCUGCCAAGGCGUCGGGCACGCCCUGCCCCGCCUCGGAGCUCAAGCGGCAGCCCAAGGGCCCCCGCGAGGGCUUCCUGCUCGACCUGAGCAAGACCUUCGGUGAGAAGGUCCACACGCUCACGCCCGUGCCGUAUGUCUUCAAGCCGCUCGAGAAGAUUGCCGUCGGCCACGCCAGCUAGGCCCGCCACUGAGAGCGCUCGGCGGGCAGGGGCGGGGCUGGCUGAACGGCGGGGCGGCGGCCUCGGUCAUCACGCCACCGCCACGCACGCGCGGCGUCCGCGGCGCGGGCUGGGGGGUGCACAUGGCUCUUUUCUCUAUGCGCGCGUCUGUGCCAAGGGCGGUGUCUUGAAGUGUGCUGCUGGGCCCCAGCCCCCGUUCGACGAGCGCUCGGCCCCGUGGUCGGUUCGUUUUAAUGUUUUGAAUGCUUUUGUACGCCACGCGCGUUAUUCCG